ACGAUUUAUUUAUUUGCAUUAGUAAACACUUCGGGGAAACAUUUGAAUCAUGUUGAUUUCGAAGCAGUCUUUCAAUAGCACUUGAUUUUUGCAGAACAACUAUCUAAUGUAACUAUAGGACAGGGGGAUUCAGCUGUCAUUUCAAGCACUUCACACUGUGGAGAGGCGAAGCGUCUUGCUUUCACGUCACGAAGUAAAUAGCCGACAGGGCAGCACAAUUAUUCGGGGCAAUGAGGAAAUGGACAUCUGAUUCGUGAUGGACUCGUUAGACAGCUCCGAAUCUCGUCUUGUCGAGAAUACAGAAUCGAGUUUGCCAUGGGCCCGGUUCUCUUCGUGGCUGGAGUGUGUCUGCGUCGUUACUUUCGACCUCGGCCAAGCCAGAGCUGGUGUACCCCACACCAUGUGAAACUCACUGAGGAGAAAACUAGCGUUUGCUACCUGUCAUUCCCUGGCUUUUACUCAGCGAGCGCUGGCCCAUUUCUAUGGCUAUGUCUACUUCAGACAAGUCGAGGACACCGCCGUCAAAAGAGGCUACUUUCAGAAGCUCUCGCUAGUCUCUUGUACUGGUGUCCAGACUACCGUAUGCCCACCUCUUUCAGUCCCUGCUGCAGAUCAUAGCUCCAGAGUAUUUUGAGAAGUUGGAACCUUGCCUUGAAGCAGUGUGCAACGAGAUUGUCCAAUGGCAAUCUACGGUGCCAGGGCUGACACUCAACCUACUUGUGAUGGGCGUGGUCAUGCAGGUCAGGAUCCCAUCCAAAAAUGACAAACCAGGGGGGAGCCCGGUGAAACAAGGACAAAAGGAGGGGUUUCCAGUUCUUCCUGAUCCACCUGCAGAUCCUCUGGGAGCUCAUGCUGAUCGGGGAGCCCGUGGUCAUCAUGGCACCCUCUCCCACUGUCUCCUCGGAAACCGUGCUGGCCCUAGCGAGCUCGAUUGCUCCACUGCAGUAUUGCUGUGAAUACAGGCCCUACUUCACCAUACACGACACUGAGUUUAAGGAGUAUACCACUUCGACACAGGCACCUCCCAAUGUGAUUCUGGGGGUCACUAAUCCCUUCUUCAUAAAGACCUUCCAGUCCUGGCCCCACAUUACAUGCCUUGGAGAACUCAAGAUGUCAGGUGACCUGCCUGUGAAGGUGAAGAAACUAGCCAAGCUGAAAACACUGGACACUAAGACAGGUAAAACAUCUGGAGUUAUGGAACCAACAUGGUUUGAGAGUGAGUUGGUGUGUAAGAACAUGUUCUCCCAACCUGUAGGUAUCUACACAGCACAUAAAAUGUUCCUUCAAAAAGAGAAGUCUCAUCAAAAGACUCCUUCAAGGGAUCCAGAGGAAGAGGCCAUCCUGAGGUGCAGAGUGCCAUUUUGAGGAGACAUCUGUUAGAACUCACCCAGAGCUUCAUCAUCCCACUGUGUUGAGGGGACUGCCAUCCCUACCACACAUCCAUCCCACCCCUAUAUAGACUGUCUGUCCUGCUGCAUGCUGUGUGUCUCACCUGUCUCCCCCAGGAACACUGCCUGAUGCCUCUGCUAGAGGUCUGUGACUCCUUGUAAGGUGGGUGACAUUGAUAGUAUCAACAUACCAUAGAAACAGGUUUGCUAUGUUUAAAUACGUGUGUGUGUGUUUCAGACCCCUCAGAUCUGUUUCCUUCAGUCAGGAGGAGUUCAUGGGGACUCUGGAGCACGCUGGACCUCGGCUCACCUCUGUGCACAAAGGGGAUUGGGUGGGCCUGUACAGGUGAGUCUGUCCAUCUGCCACCUCAUCUGUCAUUUCUAACUAUUGUAUCUAGUUGUGGCACAUAUUUUUCUCAACAAAUCAUCCAUAAUGCAUUGCACUUCGACGUAUGGCCUAGUACGAAAUUCUUCAGGUCCCCCCCAACUUCGAUGGCUGGUAUCGCCUGCGACAUGGAAAUGGCCCAGAAACCAGAAUGUCUCCACCUAGAGGUCGUCUGUAAUGCUGUGAGUUGAUCCCCACAGCCUUGUUCACGCACACCUAAAGACAUUAGUUUAACUCUACUUACAGAGCAUCAUGUGACCAAUCAACUCAACCACACGACUCCACUGACUUUAAUUCAGUUAGGAGUCCUUUCCUUACCCAUAAGAGUUGGUUUGUUUUAAUGUUUUGUUAAUGAUCUACUCACCCAGGACCUGCUGGGUUAGACCAAAGGCAAGUCAGAGGUGGAGAUCGUGGACCUGGUCCUGAAGCUGAGAGGGAAACUGAUCAGUAAAACUCAUCAAUAUGUCCAUUACACUCACCUCAACCAUUUGUAACAUGCUAUAUUUAGUGUAAGAAAUGAAUUCUGUGCCACAAACCAUUGUGUACUAUAGUCUGUCUGUCCUCCCAAUCCAGAUGAAGGCUGGAAAGCAGCAGCUCCCAGUGAAGGAAGGGGUGCUGGAGAACCUAGAGGGAUACCUCCAGACUAUCCUCAACUCUGUACCAUAGGACAUGCUGACUGUACUACACAGAUACUGACUCUAACACUGACACACUGCUGAAUAGAUACAGAAACUGAUGCUGAAGUGUUUUUUUUUUUG